UUUUUUCAAUGUCUUAGAAAUAUUUAACAAUAAGCUGUAAAUACAGAUCAUAGAUAAGCACGCGUUUUCUACAUAUAGAAAAGCUCGCAUUUGUCGCUAAUCCAAACACGUCAACAACAAUGUCUAACAAUAGAAUGACCACAAACUGUUCAUGUUCGUUUUUAUGGCUCUUAUUCUUAUUUUUCUAUGUUGAAUCCCUUGAUUUGGGAGGAGACUACUGGUUUUUGAUAAAUUUUUAAAAUAAAAUUUUGUUCUUCUUCUUCCCGGCGUGGCUCCGUUAAAGCGGCGGAGUGAGUUCUGUGCCUACAGAUGACGAGUGAUGAUGCGUUGGUGAAUUCAUUGCCCACUGCUGCUGCGGCGGUUAGCCACGACCCCGUCCACGUCAUGGAGGUCGGCAGCGUCGAGGGGUGGGCACGGCCCGAAGAGGAGGAGGAGGAGUUUGAAGAUCCUUUCGACAUUGCCAACACCAAAAAGGCGUCCGUCGAGAUGCUUAGAAGAUGGAGGCAAGCGGCACUUGUGCUUAAUGCUUCUCGUCGUUUUCGGUACACUUUAGACUUGAGAAAGGAAGAAGAGAAAGAACAACGAAGACGGAUGAUCAGAGCACAUGCACAAGUCAUAAGGGCAGCAUUGCUUUUCAAAUUGGCUGGGCAACGAGCAAUUGUGUUAGGUACCACCGUAACACCUCCAACUCCAUGUGGUGAUUAUGCAAUUGGACUAGAACAACUUGCUUCAAUGACCAGGGAUCAUAAUAAUUCGGCGCUACAACAAUAUGGAGGGGUAAAAGGGGUAGCAGGUAUGUUAAAAUCAAAUGUGGAGACAGGAAUUAUUGGUGAUGAUGGUGAUUUAGGAAGCCGGAGAAAUGCUUUUGGAACAAAUACAUAUCCCAUGAAAAAAGGGCGGCCUUUCUUGAGGUUUCUUUGGGAAGCUUGGCAAGAUUUAACCUUAAUUAUCUUGAUGGUAGCUGCAGCAGCAUCGUUAGUACUUGGAAUAAAGACAGAGGGCCUUGAAGAAGGUUGGUAUGAUGGGGGAAGCAUUGCCUUUGCUGUUCUUCUUGUAAUAUUUGUUACAGCAACUAGUGAUUAUCGACAGUCCCUCCAGUUUCAAAAUUUAAAUGAAGAAAAGAGAAAUAUACAUUUGGAGGUUGUAAGAGGUGGUAGGAGAGAAAAUAUUUCAAUAUAUGACAUUGUUGUUGGUGAUGUUAUACCUCUUAAGAUUGGUGAUCAGGUCCCAGCAGAUGGAAUCAUAAUUUCUGGUCAUUCUCUUGCCAUUGAUGAAUCUAGCAUGACUGGGGAAAGCAAGAUUAUUCACAAAGAUCAAAAAGCACCAUUUUUGCUGUCUGGUUGCAAGGUUGCAGAUGGUGCUGGAACUAUGCUGGUAACUGGUGUUGGAAUCAACACAGAAUGGGGAUUGUUGAUGGCAAGUAUCUCGGAAGAUACUGGUGAAGAAACCCCCUUGCAGGUACGGUUGAAUGGAGUGGCAACCUUUGUUGGCAUAGUUGGGCUUGCAGUGGCUGUUUUUGUGCUCGCAAUCCUUCUGGCUAGAUAUUUCACCGGGAACUCGAAAAAUCCUGAUGGAACAGUUCAGUUUAUUCGUGGGACGACCAGUAUCAGUGAUGCUGUUGAUGGAGCAAUAAAAAUUGUUACUAUUGCAGUCACCAUUGUGGUUGUUGCUGUACCUGAAGGGCUUCCUUUGGCUGUUACCUUGACCCUGGCAUACUCAAUGAGAAAAAUGAUGGCAGACAAGGCUUUGGUUCGUAGGCUUUCAGCUUGUGAAACUAUGGGGUCUGCAACAACUAUUUGCAGUGAUAAAACUGGAACUUUGACCUUGAAUCAGAUGACUGUAGUUGAGGCUUACAUUGGGAGAAAUAAGAUUAAUACAUUUGAAGACAGCUCUCAAUUUGACAUGAUGGUUACCUCUCUGCUACAUGACGCCAUUGCGCAGAAUACUGCAGGCAGUGUUUUCCCUGCUAAGAGUGGUGGAGGCAUAGAGGUUUCUGGUUCUCCAACAGAAAAGGCUAUCCUUCAGUGGGGUGUCAAGUUGGGGAUGAACUUUGAUGUUGUCAGGUCAGAAUCUACAAUUCUACACGUUUCUCCUUUCAAUUCGGAGAAAAAGCGAGGAGGUGUUGCGUUAAAAAAGACCGACUCUGAAUUUCUUGUGCAUUGGAAGGGAGCAGCUGAAAUUAUUCUGGCCUCAUGCACAGAAUAUCUUGACUCUAAUGGUCACCUGCAAUCCAUUGACAAUGAUAAGGUCUUUUUUAGGGAAGCUAUUGAUGAUAUGGCUGCAAGAAGCUUGCGCUGUGUUGCUAUUGCAUACAAACCAUACAGUAUGGAGAAAUUUCCUUCUGAUGAAGAACAACUAGCACAAUGGAAUUUACCUGAAGAUGACCUUGUUUUGCUGGCUAUUGUUGGCAUAAAGGAUCCUUGCCGCCCAGGUGUCAAAGAUGCAGUUAAAGUCUGUGCAGACGCUGGUGUUAAGGUACGCAUGGUCACUGGAGAUAAUAUUCAAACAGCGAAAGCAAUUGCUAUGGAGUGUGGAAUACUUGCUCCAGAUGCAGAUGUCACUGAGCCUACUGUUAUUGAAGGAAAGACAUUCCGUCAAUUAUCUGAGAAAGAAAGGGAACUAGUUGCAGUGAAAAUAUCGGUGAUGGGAAGGUCUUCUCCUAAUGACAAGCUUUUACUUGUGCAAGCAUUACGUAAAGUAGGGGAAGUCGUUGCUGUAACUGGGGAUGGAACUAAUGAUGCUCCUGCACUCCAUGAGGCAGAUAUAGGUCUUUCCAUGGGCAUCUCAGGAACAGAAGUUGCAAAAGAAAGCUCGGAUAUCAUUAUCUUGGAUGAUAAUUUUGCCUCAGUUGUAAAGGUCGUCCGCUGGGGUCGUUCUGUAUAUGCAAAUAUUCAGAAAUUUAUCCAGUUCCAGCUUACUGUCAAUGUCGCAGCCCUUAUAAUUAAUGUUGUGGCUGCAAUUACCGCUGGUGAUGUUCCUUUGACUGCAGUGCAGCUUCUGUGGGUUAAUCUAAUCAUGGAUACUCUUGGAGCAUUGGCACUGGCAACUGAACCACCCACAGAUCAUCUUAUGCAUAGAUCUCCUGUUGGUCGAAGGGAACCUCUUAUAACAAAUAUCAUGUGGAGGAACUUAAUUGUCCAGGCUUUGUAUCAAGUUACCGUCCUCCUCAUUCUGAAUUUUUGUGGAAUGAGUAUUCUAAACUUAGAUCAUGGCAAUACAGAACAUGCUACAAAAUUAAAGAAUACCUUGAUAUUCAAUGCAUUCGUCUUCUGUCAAAUAUUCAAUGAGUUCAAUGCUCGAAAGCCAGAUCAAAAAAAUGUCUUUAGUGGAAUUACAAAAAAUCGCCUUUUUAUUGGGAUUGUGGGAUCAACAUUUGUACUUCAGAUACUUAUCAUUCAGUUUCUUGGACACUUCGCCUCGACUGUCAGACUCGACUGGAAGCUCUGGCUUGUUUCCUUCCUUCUGGGAAUUUUCAGCUGGCCGCUUGCUCUGGUCGGGAAGUUGAUUCCAGUUCCGAAGACUCCUUUCGCCAAGUCCCUCAUGAAGCCAUAUCAACGGUGCAUAGCUGCUCGUAGUGUUCCUCGUAGUGUUUCUUCUCGAAGUGCAUAAGGAGAGAGCCUUAUUCACCCCGAGACUUUACUAUCAUCUGCAGCCAACACACUGCUGCUGCACUAACAGCUCGACUCUUCUAAAUUAAGUUGUAAUCUGUAUGAAUAUACAACUGGGCCACUUACAUGGCCCUAUGCUCUAAAUAUCUUAUAUAUUUGUUCAACUGUAAUUAAAAAAAAAAGAAGGUAUAAAUAAUUGUAAGUUUUUUGUACAUUUAAUUGUGAAUGUAAUACAAGAAUAUAUUGGUUUAUAUAACAA